AUGGAAUACCACUCGGUGCCGCUCGAAGAGCGAGCAAAAGACGAGAAGGGAAACACCCUGCCAUGGGGCUAUGUUUACAAAGACGAAUCCCGAAAUCCACGAAGACCACCAGAGGAAACAGGCCCAUUUGGGAAAAGGAGAAACACACGCUACGGUUCUACGAGAUCAGCGACACGAACUGGGACACCUGCCAAGCGUGAAAAUCCAAAUGUCGCUGAAUUCGGCAGGCUAUUUAGCUUACAGCAAGAGGAGGAAGCACAGCAAAAGUUACUCCCAUCCAACAACACAGCUUUGAAUGACGCGGCGACGAGGAUACCCUCUGAUGCGGUUGCCACCGAAUGUAUACUCUAUGGCUAUAGAGACAAAGGCUCCGAGUGGAAGGUCAUAGACAAAUUUGAGCGCAUCUCACAAGGCUAUAUCUGUGAAGACUAUUCUCGCACAGACCCAGAUAUCUGCCCUAAGUACCCUCAAUUGCUGAGUGGAGGCGAUGUUGUGAUCCGUCCGGGGAUCUCAGCUGAUGCCAACAGGAAAUCGAAAAGAUAUGCUGGCGGUUCUCACUGGAUUAAAGUGACCUUUGACUCUUUCCCCGCCGCUGACCGGGCGUGCCACUUCUCUCCGCAAGAAAUUGACGGCUGCCUUGUUCACUGCGAGAUAUAUCAUGGUCAGGGCCCUCAAGAAGACGCCCCGAUACUAAAGGAGGCUGCAGAACAACACUCCCGAUUAAACUCAAUCUAUCCGACCCUCACACCGUCCACAUCCUCUACCUUACUGCAGUCAAACGAAUAUGAUCGCUCAACUUUACCCCGCUCAUUCACCUACCAGCAACAGUCUGGCAGUCAGAGCAUGAAUUACGAGGCUCCAGCGUCUGUGCAGUCCACAGCAACCGCUAGCUCUGCAACAGUCUCUGGCCAAAAAGUAGAUACAAACACCCUUCGCCAGCGUCUCACUCAGCCUCAACCCGAACCCGAACCCGAGGUAAAGCAGCCCCAAUCUGAAUUUAUGACACAUAUACCCACGGUCCGACGCGCUGUCGUGCGUCCGGCAUCUGAAGCGCUCCCUCCCCAACCAUCCGUCACAGAACGAGUGAUUCGAUCUAUCCCGAUCCUAAGUUGGUUUACCGGUGACAUCGUUGGCGAUGGACCAGCUCUACGAGAAGAUGGAUCCUUUGAUGAUCAGAAGUCGAAUCUAUAUUGGCGAUUCUGGUACAUGGUCGACAAAGUCCUUGGCACUGAUUUGUGCGGCUUAAAAGAAGAAUUAUAA